AUGACCGUCGAAGAAAACUUUGUGGAGGUGACUGCGCACUUUCUGGGAGCGCCUUGCAUCAAAUUCAGGGAUGGUAACAGCGAGUGGACUCUGGACAUUCACGGCGAAUCUAAAUACAGGGCACAAUUGACGACUGGUCCUCCCCUGGACGAUUCUAGGAAUCCGAAGAGAAAUGCCGUUGACUCCGCUUCCUGGAACCUUAGCAAGAUUUGCGUAGGGCUUCCGAAUCGAUCACUUAUCAUUGUGAGGAAGAAUGGCGGACAAGAUUGGCAUACCCUGGACAACUUCACUCAAAUUUUUGCUAAAGAAUUACAAAAUCAUGGCUUUGCGCAUGCCAAGAAGCCAAAUGUCAAAGAUGUUGAUGCGGUUCUUGAGUCUGAUGCUCAUACAUCCAUUUUAAGAAGAGCGAGAUGGGUGAAGAGGCCCAAUCAAGCUUAUGCUAGUUUAAGUAAACCUACUCUCCUGAUCACACUUCUGCCAGGCAAAGACGCCAUCCCUUACCCGGAAGUCAAAUGGUGGAGCGAUUGCAAGCAGGCAUCUCAACUUCUGAACCUCAACUUCAAACUUGGUGGCACGAGUCAUCAUCUGGUGGGCAACUUGGGACUGAAAGGGACCAGGAUGAUUGUUGGUGCCGACCUCAGCCAUUCCGGAAAGUCAAUCUACCAUCCCUACCCCUCAAUGGCAGGCGUUGUCGCUACCUAUGAUCCAAACGUUAUGCAAUAUCUUGUCUCGGUGUGA